AUGGGUAAACCAAUGAAUACUUUCUACGCCAUCAUCUUCCUAACAUACUCGUGCGUGUUUUCGUUCCAAAACUUUCUGUUCAAUAUUGUUAAUCAAUGUAAAUAUAUCGACUUCCGCUACAAUUGUUCGUUGCAGGUAUUUAGCAUUCUUAACUUCGUUGGCAGCUUUUUUUGGUGCUAUAUUGCAGAUAAACGAGAAAAUCACAACAAUGUCCUUGCGUUCAACAUUUCAAUGUACAUCGUACUUAUCAUAUUCGUACUGGUAGCAGGUAGGAUAACCAACAGUUUGUACCAGAUUGUUACGAUAACAGCUAUCACCAUACUUCGGGAGUUUACGCUUGGUGGCAUAUUGCCUGUGUUCUUUGCUCUUGUUCUGAACUACAUGAAGCGAAAAAAAAUACACGAAAGCAAACUGGUCGUAAUCAACAUAUUUUCUAUCCUGGGAAACGCCUGUGUAAUGUUUAUUAUGCCUGUUAUAUCGUGCACCGGUAUUAUAAAGAACGACAGCUUGAUGUCACUUAUAGUGUGUGUUGUGCCUGGCGUACUUGCAAUCGCUCUGCUGCUCUUCAAAGCGCCCAAGUUCAUGAAAGACGAGCACACAGGAGCCAGCCACGAGAAAAAAAUAGUGCAGAUCAUAUCCACACCAAGUGUUCUGCUGUACUACGUAUCUGUAAUUACGAUCGGCAUCUAUAAGUGUAUAAUUUCCAACUUUGUAACCACGUUUUUACAGAUAAACGGGCUACAGAUGAACAAGAUACGUAUGUUGUGGGGCAUAAGAUGCAUUUCUGAGCUGCUCACAUAUAUCGCCAUACCAUACCUUUACUUUGUAUCCAACAGCGUUUUGUUCCCGAUUUCAAUAUUUGCGUCAGCGCUGAGCAUUUCAUUUUACAUUUUUUAUGAGCUGAACAUCGUAACACUGGUAACGAGUGAAGUGUUGAAAGGGGUAGGUACAGCAUCGUUCGUGUACACAUCAAUACUUAUUUUUAAAUCAUAUGCCACCAAUGAUGUGCAAACACAAGUUCAAGGUAUCCGUAACAGUGCAUACAACGGCUUUUCGUGCAUACUUUUCGGUACCCUGGCAGCACUUUUGAUAGACCGUGAAUUAAAAGACCCUCGAACUGUAAAAAAUGAAAAGAGCGAUGAAAUGAGAAAAAAAAUGCUGGGAGUGUUUGCAAAUAGUUACUUUUUAAUAUUUGUUUGUCUAAUGGUCACUAUGAUACCUGCAAUUACAGCACGGUUUCUAAAAAAAAGAAACAAAUAAUAGUGUAAGCGUAUUACACGCCUUGGAUUACUGCAUAGUUUCUAAAAUAAAGGAAAAAC